GCAUGUAGUACAAAGCAAUACAGCAUGUCAUAGAACAGCUAUUUUCGCUGGCUCUCUGACAAUCAGUGGCGACGAUCUGUACAGCGGUCAAGUCAUCGAGAUGGGUGGCGAUUGAGCGACUGGACACGUUUCUGUCGCUAUAUCUAGCGACCACAGCACCAGAUCCCAGGCGAGAUCCAGCGCGACCCAGAGCGUGAUGUGAUACAUUCCGAGCUGGCUCGCAGUCUCGCGGAUGAUCUGCACGCGGGUGGCGAAGACGAUAAGGUUCUCUGGACUCGCAUAGGCAGUGAGUAUAUGCUGCGCCAGCUCAGCCUUGCGUGCGUCAGGCAGCGUCUCGUGCUUGCCAGGACAUCCAAUCGUAGGGUGUACAUAUACUCGCGAAGCACGAGCAACGUCCCGAUCGAGUGGACAGUAAUCGGACAAACAGGGAGUCGCAGACACUCUUCCGUCUCCGGGACAGCGGGAGGAAGAAGGGGCAUGGAGCAGCUGGCAGCAAACACAUCGCCGUGGAUGGGAACUGGCUGUGCCUUGGUUUGCGGAGUCUUGAUGGAAGAGACAGCCAAGAUGUGUGUCGGUGGGACAAGAGCAAUCCCACUGUCUGGUUGCGGAAUCUGCAGAAUGACAGAAGUCACAGGCAGCUCGGCGCCCGCGGUUGUCAUAGCGCAGAGCAUGGAUGGCACCGCGUUCAGUCCCGCCUGUCGCUCCUUCGGAUUUUGUGCGGCCAGAUCGUACAAGAACUCGAGAGUUACGUCGGUCGCGCUGGGGUCGAGCGCGAGCAGAGCGCGGCGGCAGUCGUCGUGGUGUUCGAUGAUGUCGGGAUAUGGAAGCUGUCGUUUGAGAGAGGAGACGUAUGCGGCCAGGGACUGCCGUGUCAUCGCCAUGGCUUCCAGGAGGGGUUUUGUUACUUCUUGGUCCCGCGGUCCCAAUUUUAUACAUGCCGGUCAUUGA